AUGAAAUUGAUUAUCUCUCUAGUUAGUGCGGUUCAUGGAGUUACUUUCACACUAGCCAUUUUGUACUUCCGUUACUCACGGAGGGCGAAAAAGGAUCCCACUUCAAGUGAUUCAGAAAAAUUUCUCACCGUGUCUUACCAAAGUCUUCUGAAAGCUACUGAUGGAUUUUCCUCUGCCAAUUUGAUUGGUAUGGGCAGUUUUGGGUCUGUUUAUAAAGGAGUACUUGAGAGAGCUGAAACAACAAUUGCCAUCAAGGUACUCAACCUGGUCCACCGCGGAGCUUAUAAAAGUUUCACUGCUGAGUGUGUGGCCUUGAAAAAUAUUAGACACCGUAAUCUUGUGAAGGUACUCUCGGCAUGUUCGGGUUCUGAUUAUCAGGGUAAUGAUUUCAAGGCUUUAAUUUAUGAGUUCAUGGUUAAUGGGAGCUUGGAUGAAUGGCUGCAUCCAACGCAAAAAAUUGGUGAGAUAAAUGAGAGACCAAAGAGCUUAACAUUUUGUGAGAGGUUGAACAUUGUUAUCGAAGUUGCGAUGGCAUUGGAUUAUCUCCAUCAUCAUUGUGAGACGGCAAUAGUUCACUGCGACCUCAAACCUAGCAAUAUUCUUCUCGAUGAGGAUAUGGUCGGACAUGUAGGGGACUUCGGAUUGGCAAGAUUCCUAAUCAAGCCGUUUGAAAACUCUUCUGCUUAUCAAUCAAGCUCCAUUGGUGUAAGAGGAACAAUUGGUUAUACUCCUCCAGAGUAUGGUAUGGGACAUGAAGUGUGGACACAAGGUGAUGUCUACAGUUAUGGCAUCCUCCUGUUGGAAAUGUUUACAGGAAAAAGACCAACCGACGACAUGUUUCAAGGAACUUCAAACCUUCAUGGCUUUGUCAAGGAAGCUCUGCCCGACCAAGUGAUAGAAAUUGUGGAUCCGGUUCUUGUUCAAGAAAAAGUAGACAGGGAGAUGAGCAGUGCAAACAAUCGUCUUAAUGAGGAUAGCAAAAGGGCUCACAUCAACAUUGAAGAGAGCUGGAUUUCAGUUUUAGAAAUUGGUGUUGCUUGCUCUGCAGAGUUGCCUAGAGAGCGGUUGGAUAUUACUGACGCUAUGGCUGAAAUGUGCCGAAUAAGAAACAAACUUAGAGCAAAUAAAAUAUGCCAAUAG